AUGUCGGCCAACCAAAAUAUUAUCGUACUUGACUGCACCAAAGACUUGAACUCGGUGAAAACCCCUCUCAUCGAUUGCAUAGCGGCUAGGAUCCCCUACGGUGAAUGGUACUAUGGAAUUGAUAUCGAAAAGAAGAAUAAAUUGGUGAUAUUUUCUGGUAAUAGUCUAUCUUUGUCACGACUAGGCAUUGAAUACGCUGAUAAGAAUCGGACAGGAGCAGAGACCAAGCCACAUCUCGAGGCGUUGGGCGAUGAGUGGAAAGACUGCAUCGCCAGACCACCGGUAGACCUCUCAGUCAGUCUAAGCCUACCACUCGAGGACAUAAUCAAAUCUCCAGUGGUUGAGCCCGUAUUUUUCUAUUUCUCCCAUGCCGACCCCGAAUGGGAAAGGUCCAUGGAAAGGUCUGAUAAAGUCACCAAGUAUACCGCAGAGGGCUAUCGCGGUAGCACCUGGGGCUGGGCUACUGAAGGCGUACAUCACAAGAGUCUAGGCGAUGCCGAGGGUCGAUGCUUUGUCGUCAUUAGUGGCUGGGAAAGUGCCAAAGCUCACGAGGCUUUUCGGCGGACAGACGAGUUCAAGGUUGCCAGAGGGCAGGCUCACAAGGGACUCAUCAAGGCAGUGGAGUGGUUUCAUGUUCAUGUCAACAAGGCAAAAUGA